AUGAGCCCCCGACGAAGAAGCCGCACCAGUCGCUCUCGCGGUGUCCGGGCGCCGCCGCCGCCCAGCCCGGCUGCCCGGGCGAUCCGGGCUGGCGGUGGCGGUGUUCCUUUGGCCGGAGAAUCCGCACGCCCAUCCUGCACGGAGCCCUUCCAGGAGCGGUACAGCCUCAGCCCCGGCCGGGAGCUCGGCAGGGGAAAAUUUGCAGUGGUGAAGAAGUGUAUCCAGAAAGACACUGAAAAAGAGUUUGCAGCAAAAUUCAUGAGAAAAAGAAGAAAGGGCCAAGACUGUCGGAUGGAAAUAAUCCAUGAAAUUGCAGUCCUUGAGCUGGCACAGUGCAACCUUUGGGUCAUUAACUUGCAUGAAGUUUAUGAAACUGCAACAGAGAUGAUUUUAGUCCUGGAAUAUGCUGCUGGAGGUGAAAUCUUUGACCAGUGUGUGGCUGAAAGAGAGGAAGCCUUCAAAGAAAAAGAUGUUAAACGACUUAUGAGGCAGAUAUUAGAAGGAGUUUCAUUCUUGCACAGAAACAAUGUUGUUCAUCUUGACUUGAAGCCUCAAAAUAUUCUACUAACCAGUAAGUCCCCUCUGGGAGAUAUUAAGAUAGUAGAUUUUGGCCUUUCCAGAAUAAUGAAAAGCAGUGAGGAACUAAGAGAAAUUAUGGGAACUCCAGAAUACGUAGCUCCUGAAAUUCUGAGUUAUGACCCAAUCAGUACAGCAACUGACAUGUGGAGCAUUGGAGUACUGGCGUAUGUUAUGCUAACAGGGAUAUCGCCUUUCUUGGGGGAUGAUAAACAAGAAACAUUCUUAAAUAUAUCUCAAAUGAACAUAAGUUACUCUGGAGAGGACUUUGACCUUGUAUCAGAGUCUGCUGUGGAUUUCAUCAAAACUCUGCUGGUUAAGAAACCCGAGGAUCGAGCAACUGCAGAGGAAUGUCUUCAACAUCCAUGGUUAGCACAGAGUGAUAAUCCUGCUUGCAGGGCCUGGAAUAAGAGUGCAGGUGGGGAGACCAGUGAUGCCAUCCAGAAGGAUGCAGAUUCUGCCACUGAAAAAUCAGUAGAUGCUGAGAAAACUGAAGAGGAAGAAUCAAUAGUGACAGAAGAACUAAUUGUAGUGGCUUCAUAUACACUGGGACAAUGUAGGCAGUCAGAAAAAGAAAAAGUAACUGAGCAGAAAGCCAUUUCCAAACGAUUUAAAUUUGAGGAACCAUUACUGCAGGAAAUACCAGGAGAAUUCAUUUACUGAACUGUGUGGAGCUUCAUAGCUGUAUCUAGGAGGCAAUGUUUUCUACUAAACAAAAAUAUCCUAGCCAAGUGAAUUUCUGAUAUGCAAUAAAUGUUCUAGAUAAAAGAAAGUGUUGAUAAAUGGCAUACAAGGAAAAUGUGCCAAGUUCUUAUUUUCAUGGAACAGAUAAACAAGAUUUCAAGUGGCUAGAAGGAGUUUAACAAAGAUUAUAAGCUUAUUUUUGUUUGUAAUUUUUAUUUUGGGGAGGUGGUUUUUGUUGUUGUUGCUUGAUAGCAGCGUUUUUGUUAAUUGUUCCAGUGUUCUGGAGACGUUGACAUUGGAAGUGUUUCAGUGACAGAUGUCAAGAGGAGUAUUUUAGGACAUGUUUUGGCAUUUAAUGCAAAUAUAUAAUGCUGGGUUUUCCUCAGAUGCCUUUUGUCACUCCUGACUUUAGUGGAACUAUCUGCUAAUCUAAAACUUGUAUGAGAGGAGAAUUUGAUUGACUGGUUCGACAUACACACAGUAUGAUUUUGAAAUCCCUAUGUUUCUUUGUUUCCAUCAGGAAGAUAUAAACAAAGACCCAGACUCAUAUGAUGUAUGCCCAAACACUGGGCUGCUCUUCUCUAGGAAGAGAUGCACGUGUCCCACAGGUGAAGAAAUCUAUACUGGAGAUACAUCUUUAUUUGGGAGCACAGUAAAAUCCUGCUCCUGAAGGUGAUGUGUUUGCUUAAGUCAGUCACUCAUGAGGCAGCUGAGAUCGCUCCCUUCCCCUCCUGUGCUGGGUGAGAUGUGCCAGUAGAACCCAGCUCAGUGUGACUGCACAGUGUUGAGAGGGGAAAAGAAUUACAGAGUCUGAUGUAGGUCCUCUGAAGUUGUUGAAGUUCUCUCCACUGACUUCACCAUGUUAGAUUAGACAGUAUGGCCAACUAAUUAGCUCUUGAUUCCACCUCCCCCAGUACUUGGCUCUGGUUUUACUGGGAGCAUGAGGUCAUUUCUGCCCUCUUUCUUUUCCUCUAACUGCUGCUUUAAGGAAGAAAGAAGUAUUCUUAAGCUAAAUUGCAUUACCUUGUUCAAUAUAGCUUUCACAUGAGGAAGAACAUACCAAUUCCUCUGGAACAACAAAGCACAGCUUAUGCCUCCUGCUUCCUGAUCACUCCCCUUUAGACACUUGGAAAAACAGCAUGUUGUAUGGUGGGGCAGAGAGUGGGAUUAGGGAGCAGUAUGGAUGGGUCAUAGUUCUCAAUGGACGCAGUCCCUCAGAGGACAAAGCUGGGACCAACUGGGCAUCAAGACUGAGUGGUUUUUGCAAUGUACAGAUCUGAGGAUCUUGGACUGAGUCCUAGUUUUCUAAGAAAUCUUUCAUAUUGAUGCUGUUCCAAAGCUUAAUUUUUAUGUAAUUUGAAGUUUAGUACUAUUAUAUUGCAUACGUUUAACUAUUCAACUAUUUAUUUGGUUUCCUUAUGCUGUUCCUUUAUAAUAAACUGACAAAAGUUUUCUUGCUAUAAAAAAAUGAAUAGAAACUCGUAAGCUAGUUUUUCCCCUUUUUCCAUAUUGCUACAGACUUUCCUAAUUUCAAAUGUAUCAGAUGUUCUUACUUUGUUUAGUGAGCAGGAGUUCAGUGCUCUGUGCUAAGGUUAUAGUUCCUCCUUCACACAAAAGUUAAAUGGCUUCUUAACAAGACAAGCAGUACUGGGAUGAUCUGAUCAGCAGGGCUGGAAUGGUGAGGGAAAAAGCUCUAGUACAGAAGAAAGCUGAACCAAAAACAGUGUGACACUGAGUGGGUAGUUUUCCAUAAGGCUGUACUGCCAGAGGUCAGACUGCCUUCAUUUCAAGCCACAUCAGAAAAAUUGAACUGUUCUAUCAGUCUUCUUCCCCUAAGGAAUUACAUAUUGAGUAUUCAUGUAAGUAGGGCAGCUUCUCACUCCUUGAAGACCUUCAUAUAAGAAAACACCCAGUAGUACUGAGAAUUGAGUUUGGAUUUGUUUUAUAUUGUAAUGCAGAGAUGCCUUUCGUGCUCUGGAGAAAUCAGUCAGUUGUCAGCCAGAGCUAGACAUGAAUCUUAGAGCCAACAGAGUAUCUGUGUUGUCUGGGUGUUUCUGGAGGCAGAUGGUAGCUGACCCUACCUACAAGGCUGAUCGGUUUCAGGGUUGUUAGACAGGACCGUACCUUUCAUGAGCAUCUUUCUUUUACCGUCCAGUCAUUUGCCCAAGACAAUUUGCUUGGGUGAGGGGACAUUGACUCAUGAAAUUCUUCUGUACAAGAUUACAGUUUCUCCCAGCUUCCAUCACUGCCAUUUUGACUUUUUUUUGGUACAUCCAUACUUCCUUACUUUACAAAGUUGAGCAAAGCAGUGAGUUGAAGCAUGCUCACAGCCCACCCUUACAAAACAAUGUUGCCACGUCUGCAUACAUAAAUGUUUAAUAGCUCAUGGUUGCUCGCAGCAAAUCAUUAGAGGAAGUGUACCUGUUUCAAUUCUUCUUUGUAACCACAGAUCAUGUCUCAGAUGGAGACUGGUACUAAUGGGAAAGAGUAGGUGCUGAGCAGUAUACAGUUUGUCCUAGAUAUACUGUUUUUAAUGUAUGACAAUGAAGCUUAACAUGUAUACAUGAACUAUGUACUUACUACAAGGCCAGCUUCUCUUGAAUUGGCUGCUUUGAGAUUUCCAGUGGGCUGCAUUUCUGUUUAACUUUUUGUGCCUUAAGGUGGUUUUAUACGGUGUUUUUUAAUGUCAUUAAGAAUUUGUAUAAAGUUGUGAAAGUUUAAUAGUAUAAUUUAUAAACAAGGCAUCUUAGAUUCACCCUAUAACAGGGAAAAUUUUCCAUAACAUUUAACUGCAGGACUAUCAGCCAUCCCACACACUUGAAGCUGUUUCUGUUCUACUGUGAGUGUGGGUAAAGCUGAAAAUGAGGUGUUCUUACCCUACACUGUAGAAAGGGACUAUUGCGGUCCAUGUUCUUGAGAGGCUCAGUUACUAGUGAAGGAACACAUCAGGAGGACUGGGAACAAAUCGUUAUUUUAUGUGGAAGAACUGGUUUUCCACAGUUCUGUGAAUACAGAGGACUGUGUGUACAUAUGCGAGUCAUCUGAAAAAAGCUGCUUGUGUUGGUGGGGAAGGGGCUGAUGUGGAGAAAGAAUCAACUCCUUGGACCUUGUGGGCAAUGCUCUCCCAGUCCCUGCUCUCCAGACUGGGCACCUGCUGGCUGCCUUUGUAGCACUGGGAGCAUGGCUGUUUGCUCAGAUGCAGGAUACUGAAGGAAUGGAAGGGCAGUGUUCCUAAAGGGUUGUUAUGUCUAUGGUUCUGUUGCAAGACCCAUGAACUCUAUCAAUAAGAGGGGUAGGUCCAGGCUUAGACCUCCCUUGCAGUUGUUGGAAUAAAUAGCAAACACCUACCUGAAAGCACAGCCUUGUCUUCUCUUGUUGCUAUGUUCCCCUCUUUAAGUAAGAGGCUAUAGAUUUUAUAGUCACUAAACUAAAAGUUCUGCAAAAUAAUAUUUUUCAUUUUGUCCAAAGCUGAAUUUGUAUUGUGAUUUGUCUCAUUUGUCACAUUUUUCAUUUGUGGGUCCCUGAAUAAAAGCUUGUCCCAGCUUAUGAUCUACCAAGUGAAUCCUGAGAGCUGUUAAGUCACAUAUGCAAAUAAAAAUUAAUUGCCCAUUCUCCACUGAUGGUGCUCGCAGGGAAUGGGGAGGGAGGUGGGCCUUGCACCAAGUUACUCCAUGGCUUAAGGUCUCUCUUGAAUAUUUCAGGUGUUGUCCCUGGAAGAGAGUUCAAUAUUUUAAAGAAAUAUUACCAGUUCAUUGUACUUCUGAUAAGGUGUUUACUAUUUCAGGAACUUUACAAUAAAUGAAAUUUUGUUUUCUGAACA